CUGGCGAGCAGAUAUGUUGCAGACUCUGGCAUUGAAAAGCCCCGAAAAGAUGCACCUUCACCGGAUAGAAACAACCAAACAAGCACUGAGAAGUCUGGAGAAACUUUGCAAAACUGUGCAUAAACUUUGGUAAGACUGCAACCUUCCCCCAAAACCCCUUCCCUGCAGGACGAGUUUUUUUUUUCUUCCUUCUUCUCCUGAUGAAUUCACCGAAAAAAGACGGAGAUGAUGAUGUGCCCGUUAAAGACCCGGUGAAAUACGGAGAACUGGUCAUUUUGGGGUACAAUGGCUCUCUUCCAAGCGGAGACCGCGGCCGCAGAAAGAGCCGCUUCGCUCUGUACCGAAGGGCCAAGGCCAACGGGGUCAAACCCAGCGCCGUGCACAUCCUCAACACACCGCAGGACAGCAAGGCCGUCCACAGCAGGGGGCAGCACAGCAUCUCCUUCACGCUGUCUCGCAACCAGACGGUGGUGGUGGAGUACUGCCAUGACAACAGCACAGACAUGUUCCAGAUCGGACGCUCCACAGAGAGUCCCAUUGACUUUGUGGUGACGGACACCUCCGGAGGGGGGAAGGAGGGGGAGGACCCCUCCAUCGCUCCCAGCACCAUCUCACGUUUUGCCUGCCGAGUGGUGUGUGAACGCAACCCACCUUACACUGCCCGGAUCUACGCCGCCGGCUUCGACUCCUCCAAAAAUAUCUUCUUAGGGGAGAAGGCAACCAAAUGGAAAAACCCUGAUGGGCACAUGGAUGGUCUGACCACCAACGGGGUGCUGGUGAUGCACCCGGAGGGGUCCCCAGAGGACCCCAAACAAGGUCUGUGGAGGGAGAUCUCCGUCUGCGGGGACGUCUACGCCCUGCGUGACACACGCUCUGGACCCAGCCGGGGCAAACUGGCGGAGGGUGAGAGCAGUGCGCUACGUGACGGUUCCCUGGUGGACCUGUGCGGUGCCACCCUGCUGUGGCGUACCGGCGAGGGGCUCAUGCGCGCUCCCACCCUGCGUCACCUGGAAGCACUUCGCCAGGAGCUCAACGCGUCCCGGCCCCAGUGUCCCGUUGGCCUCAGCACACUGGCCUUCCCCAGCCUGCCACGCAGCCACAGCCUUGAAGAGCGUCAGCCUUGGGUCUACCUCACCUGCGGCCAUGUCCACGGACGCCACGACUGGGGCCAGAGGUCCGAGGUGGCGGAGCCGCGAGAGGGCGAGGGCUCGACCACCCGCCGAGAAUGUCCCCUGUGCCGGAGCGUGGGUCCCUACGUGCCCCUGUGGCUGGGCUGUGAGCCGGCUGUGUACGUGGACGCCGGAGCUCCCACUCACGCUUUUGUGCCGUGCGGCCACGUCUGCUCAGAGAGGACAGCCAGGUACUGGGCUGAGACCCCGCUCCCCCACGGGACGCACGCCUUCAGACCGGUCUGCCCCUUCUGCUCCGCCGCCCUCAGCACCCCCGGGUGGACGCGGCUCAUCUUCCAGGGCCCCAUCGACUAGACGCUACCCCCGGCAACCACUAUCACACCAACAGCAGGAGGCCUGAGCUUCAUUCGUGUUGCAGUCGUCGGUCAGUGUUCAGGUUAUGAUUAGGAGUGCUUGUUAUUUUCACGUUAUAACAGCGGGCAUGCUCCACACAUUCUGAGCGAACAACAAACACUGUCCAACGUUGUAACUGGAUGUAGCCCAAAGCUGAAUCCCCGCCCUCGUUUAUCCCUCAGUGCUUGUUGAUUGGUAUAAAAUCUGGAGAAUAGGUGGGGAAAAGCAUGACAAUACUGUCACGUAGACGAUAUUUACUCUUAAUAGUCCUCUGUCAGAAGAGAUUCUGCUGUUUUUCAUUCCAACAAAACACUAGCUGAUCUCACCGAUGACUUUCAGCAAAGAGAGGGUCCUCCCAGGUAGAAUAAUACACAUUCAGGAGCUUAACCGAUGCUGCUCGACCCUUUUUUUAAAAAAAAAACAGUUAUUUUCACUCCAUCAUCGAAUGACAAACCGAUCUUAACACUUUUUAUUUGUCCGUCUCAGAAGCCAUGUCUGAAAAUGACACGUAGCUUUUUGCACAAACUAAAGGAAUGGCCUUUUUUAACUCAGUUCAUCUGCAGCGUGUUACUCGUCUGCAGCGCCCGUGUGUCCUUAACUCGGUGUAACGCCGCCUCUUGCACUUCUCGGCCUGAUAUCCGACCACCUUUUUUAAUUUCUUAACACAUGUCACUGUAAUUGUUGUGAAAUGCUGCCGCUCAUCAAACGAUAAUAACCCAUCUGGUCUCAGCUUAUGCAAAAACCACCUUCACCUUUCUCACCUAGUCUCUUUUCUAGAUUUGCACCCUGACUUCACCGUCUUCCUUCCUUCAAUGACCGGCUGAUUUAUAUUCAUAGCUGUGAUCUCAGCAGGCGGUAUUAACUACUUAUGGUGAAUGAGUGGGGAGUUUCAAGGUGAGAUCAGAGGCCUGUGCUUCUACACUGCAUUUACAAGUUUCCAUUGAAUCUCUAGUAUUUUCUUUACAUGAGUAUGAGACGUUUACAUCAUUUGUCGUAUAAGGUUGGAAUGAAAACCUGCAGACUCUUUGAUUUAUCUCUGAAGCACUAGAGGGAACACUACACGCUGUCUCAAAUAGUUCACCUCUAAAGGCAAAAUCUUAUCCUGAUUAUCAAGCAAGAUGGAAGAUAAGCACGGGCUGGGAAUAAAAAAAACUGGGUAAAAUCCACUUCAUAACUCUCUGCAGCAAUAAUAGCAGUCACAUAGAUAAGCUAGAUGUUGUGCUACGUUUAGCCAAGUGGUCGGCGGUCGCCUUGAACACGGCUGAAAUGGUUUCCAGGUUAAGGGCUCAACCAGAGGCGUGUUCAACAUCAUGAUUUGUUUAAUUUCUAAAUUAAGAGUGUGUGUGUGUGUGUGUGUGUGUGUGUGUGUGUGUGUGUGUGUGUGUGUGUGUGUGUGUGUGUGUGUGUGUGUGUGUGUGUGUGUGUGUGUGUGUGUGUGUGUGUGUGUGUGUGUGUGUGUGUGUGUGUGUGUGUGAGAUGUAACCAAAGCACUAGCAUUUAAAGAUGAGCAACUGAGUCUUGAUUUAACACCUGACGUUUAUUUAAAUACUCAUUUUAAACGCAUUAAUAGCCUAAACAUGCUGAGAGAAAUUAGCAUGUUUACGCCGACAUAGAACACAGCAGCUGUCAUUAAAGAACACAUUGCAUCGUUACUGUUAUUUUGAACACACUUCUGGUUACUGAAUUAUGCUAAACAGGGUCCGUGUUAGUAAGGUGGAGUGUCAAAUAAGGUUUGACCUUGCAUAACCUCAAAAGAUAACCUUUUUUUUUUU